AAGUAACCUCCAUACCCAACCUGGGGUUCAGACUCACAACCCGGAGAUCGAGAGUGGCAUGGUGUACGAAAUUCAGGAGCCCCUGCAUUUUGCUGCUUUUUACUUAACGUUACGCCAGAUGCAUUUUUCUAGUGCCGUUAAAUAACCUCUGCUAACCUGAUUUCUAAGCCAUUCGGAUGACUCCAGCCAGUGGUGGAUUCUUGGCUAAAGUGGUGAUUUUUCAUGGCUGGGCACUGUUUGCACUUGUUUGCUGUAACAAAGAACACCGUGAUAAACAGCCUCCAUACAUACAUAAUUCCAUGUCCACAUCGCUGAUUUUUUUUUUUUCUGGUCAGUUCCUAGACAUGAGAUUCUUGGAAACCCUGCUCAGCGCGGAGCUGGCUGGGUAACCAGGAGAGGGGUGGGGUUCCCAAGGCCACCCCGUCCCACCUGAGGACAGCCUGGGCCUCAGCUGUAGGGAACAACUUGCACUUUCUGAGUGCCUCUGGUCUCACCUACCUCCAGGCCGGUUUGUCUGGGUGUUACAACACCCCUCCCCGAGCUCUCUCUUUUCCCCCUUCUCUCUGUCUUACUGACUCUUCCUCAUCUUUCCAGACGCUGGCAUAAGCUUCCCCAGGGAGCUUUCCCAGGGCCCCCAGGCUGGGAGCUCCCCACUGCCACUCCCUCUGCCGCUGUGUGCCUGGGCCAUCUCCACCGGAGUGCUUUCUUGCGGGGUCACAAGUGCUGUUUCUUUGUCUGGUUUUCCUUGUCCCCUGAGGACAAGGCCCAGGCUAGAUUCAUCUCUGAAUUUCCAGAACCAGGGGUUGAGCUGGCUCAUUUCAGUUUCAGUAAAUGUUUGUUGAGCAAAGGAAUGGAGAGUUGGACAAAUGAAUUGAACAAAUGAAACAAAGUCCAUGGAGGAGGCUGGGGCUCAGACAUUGGACUUCAGACGAGCAUCCAGUGCAGGGGGACAGAGUGGGGUGCAGAGCAGGGCCCCUGAGCCAAGAGCAAGGAGCAGGGAAGGGCAGACUCUUGAGAAAGGAAGCAGGGGCCUGGGCAGUGCAGGGCAGCAAAGGAGGGAGUGAACUAGGGACUGACCUUGGGAGUCAGAGGCAGGGGGGCACGAAUGGAGGGUAAUGUGGACAAGAACAUUCCAGAAGAGGGAAGAGUUUCAUGGGCUCUGGAGCCUCCACGUAGAUUCAAAUCCUGACCUUGAUGCGUACAAGCUGUGUGAUUCUGAGUCAGUGACUUUGCUUCUCUGUGCCUCAGUUUUUCCAUCUAUAAAAUGUGAAUAACAAAUGUUAGUACUUCAUUCAUUCAUUCAUUCAUUCAUUCAUUUUCUUUCUCGCUUAACAGACACUUGUUGAGUGUCUGUUCUGGGCCCAGGAUCAGAGGCUGAGAUGGAACUGACCAUCACGGUCACACACGCGAGCAAGCCCUGUAGCCGAGAUGGAACCCAGGUUUGGAGACCACAGGUUCCGUUCGUGAUUCCCUGCAGUCUCCCUCCCAGGCUGUGGUGAGACCAGAGGAGGUGCAGUUACACACGGAGGAAACACUUACUAAGCAGGAGAUGCUGCCAGUCCUCCUGAGGUGUCGUCAUCAUCAGUCAGUGACAUGAACACAGCUGCCAUCACCCCGGCCUUCCACACGUGUCAGCGCACCCUUCCAACAACUUCAGGACAUGGCUGCCACGACGUCCGUUUUGCAGACGAGGAACUGACAAUGGAGCACCAAGGGGGCCGGAUCACGGCUGCUGACCCACCCCGGUCAGGUCGCCUCUCCGGGCCUCAGUCUCUGGACGCCUGCGAUGGCUGUUCCUCCCGCCCAGCCCAGCACCAGGGCUGUUCGAAUGAAGCCAGUGUAAGAUGCUGGAUGGGGAAGAGCUUUGCGGAUGGAAAACUUGCCCCAUUGGGAAGAUUUAUUGCCAUGACUAGACCUUUGGAAAUCAAGGAUUCCGGCAGAUCUCUCCUGCCGAGUGCCCUCUGCCAAGUGUCCCAGCCUGUGCAGAGCCCCAAGGGGCAACAGGGGCCAAAGGAGAGGAAGAGUGUCCCCGUGCUCUGUAGCCUGCUGACCCCUGGCCUGCUAGAGUGGCCUCCCGCUGCUCCUGGGCCCUGCAUGCUGACCGAGGAGGUGAUGGUCCGAAUUCAGGCAUCCACUCAACAAAUAUAUAGACGACCUCGUGCUGGGCACUGGGGACCCAAGCCAACGCCCACCCUCGCGGAGCUCAAUCCAGGUGGCAGGUCCGACCAGCUACACACACGAGUGAACAAGAGAAAUGUUGAACGCUAGUAAGAGCUAUGGAGAAAAUGAGGCUGGGGGCGCCUGGGUGGCUCAGUCGGCUGAGCACCUGACUCUUGAUUUCGACUCUGGUCAUGA